UUUUAAAUUCACAACUAUUUGAAAUAAUGCCGACUUGGUCAUUAAGUUCUGACUUCUCUCUUAUACAUAAUCCUUCUUCGGUAUGGUCCUUCGGCUCAAAGCCUGCCGGUCAUCACGUAACCGGAAUGUUCAGCUUAUUUACACACUUAGAUCCGGAACCAAAUGACUAUAGCGAAAUAAUCGCCUGGUUUGGGAGUGAUACCAUAUGGUAUACUCACUGGCUUGGCGUUUAUUAUAACACUAAGCCAAUGAAUAUUAUCCUAAAGGAACCGAAUACUAACAUUAUGACAUUUACUGCCAACGGUGUAGCUAUGCACCCAGGAGACGAUGGUAGAUUCUCAGUCGUAAGAUUCACUGCACCAAAGGAUGGGAAUUAUGUCCUAGACACAACAUUUACACAUAUCCAUAAUUGUGCACUACAUUCAGGAGUUUACAUAGUAUAUAAUAACCUGACGCUUUGGGAAAUAGGCUUAGCUGGUCCUGGAGAUUCAAAAUCGUUCAAAACAACUGAUAGUUUUACUGUUAGAGCAAAUGAGCCUAUCGACUUGUUGGUCUAGAUAAUAUCUUCAAUUGUGAUAUGACUCUUGCUCGUGUGGAUAUUCAUUUAUUAGAAAAUCAAAUAGAAUUUCCCGUAAUUGCUGGAUCAAUCGGAUUUGUAUUGGGUAUUAUUGUUACUACUAUUCUACUUUGUAUCUAUUACCGAUAUCGUGGGAAUAGACAGAACGGUAAUGCUGGUUAUGAGGUUAUCGGCUAAGUGUAAAUUGUGAACUUAAGAAGAUUUUUUUAUUUGUUUAUUUAUUUAUUUUAUGAAAAAUCAACCUCAAUAAUUUUAUUAAUAAUAAUCUGUAUUAUAGUAUAAUGUAAAUUUCCAAAUGUAUCAUAUUGAUAUGGUUAAAAAAAUAAAGGCGUUUAUUAGAAAUGUAAUAUAAAAA